GACGCAGGAAGAAAAUCAGCUGUGAGCGGUUUGUCUUUUAAGAUGCACUGGGAUUGCAAGUAUAAUUGAUAUCAGUACCACAGCAGUGUGACAGGGUCCGCCACAUCAAACAGGUGCCCAACAAUUACCCAACUAAACCCCUCAGAAGCAUCAAGCAUCAUCACCUGGAAAUAUCUUUUUUCACAGCAAGAAGUAGCAGAUUUAUGGUGGAAAAAAACUCUGACCAACAUGGACGGCAUGACAGGAGACAACCUGAAAGACUUUGACCUGUCAGUAAGAGGAAAUGUAGCUGAACUCCCUGGCCAUACAGAUGGUUUCUCUGCACAUCCAUUGUUUUCCAUGGAAUCCCAGCAGGAGCUCUUACUUCCAGAGCCUAUGGCAAUUGCUAAGCCCGGCUUACACCACCAUGACCAUGAAGAAGAAUGUGACAAUGAAGGUGAUGCAACAGAAUCUGCAGACAGUGAGAAUGACGUCGAUUCUCCUUCCCAUGCGUGGGCACUGAGGUGGUCCUCAUCUUCUUCCAUUCACAAUGAGGAGGAUGCUGAUUUGGAGAUAACAAGAGAGUUCAUGAAGGCUUAUGUGGAGAAGGUGUUUAAUGGAAAAGAGGACUUUGACCAGGAAGAGAAGGCUCACUUUGGAGAGCUGUGCACAGGAGAGAACGGAAAAGGCAGGGAGUGGUUUGCCAAAUACGUCAAUGCACAGCGCUGCCAUUCUAAGUGCGUCAGUGAAGCCGUCUUUUACAGACUGGUGCAGUCUUUUGCAGUCGUGCUGUUUGAGUGUUACCAGACAGAUGACUACAGCCCAGCCAAAAACCUUAUGACUAUGUGUUUCACAUUCUACUAUAUUGGAAAGUCCCCGUGUUCUCCCUCAGAACUUCUUGAUCGCCGAGUUCCUUCAGUCACGUUUGACUCUUACGUUAAGAAGGCCAACUCCUGGUUGUCUGGGAAAAAGAUUGCUGCUGGGUUCCUCCUUAAAAACAACCCCAAGACUGACAUGAAGGGCUUCUUUGGAGAUCUUGAGAGCAAACUAAGGAACUCUGUGGUUCCCAAGACAGAGAUGGGAAGAAACCCGGCUGAGACAAAGUCCCAGGCACCAGUGUCUGAAGCUCCAGUGGAAAAAAAAGAGGAAAAGCUGUAUCUGUACACCCACCUGAAACAGCAGCCAAUCUGGCAUACGCUAAGAUUUUGGAAUGCUGCAUUCUUUGACGCCGUCCAUUACGAGAGGAAGAAAAGGUCGCCCACAACAAGGGAGAAGUGGUGUCAUAUGAGCCAAGAGGAGAAGGAUGACAGCUCUAAAAUUGAUGAGAACAUUGCUUUUGGUCAGCUGGGGACAUUUACCCACAACAUGCUGGCUUUUGGACUCAGUAAGAAGCUUUGCAGUGAUUUCUUGAAGAAGCAGGCUGUCAUCGGUAACCUGAAAGAAGAACAGUACAAGCUGCUGAGUGACCAUAUUGAGCAAAUGGCAGUGGAGUGAGUCUGAAGACAUCUGGUUCCAUUUCACGUUGCAUCAUGACUGACUAGCAGCAGACAUACACAUCAGUAUCACAAUAUCAUUUCAACGUUGAACUGCUGUUGAAUACCUGCACAGUUUAGUGUGGAGAAAAGCCACGUCUGCCACAGAAUCGGUUUAUCCCAGGUUUCAGCACUGCUCUCCACCUGAACCCCGUCUCUACAGUCCCAGGUUUCAGCACUGCUCUCCACCUGAACCCCGUCUCCACAGUCACACACUGUCAUCCCCUGGUGCAUUUUAAUGCUUUACUACAAACAAUGUGUUUAAAGUAAAAACAUGCAGUGUGAUGUCAGGCCCUCUUGAUUUAUAUACUCCUGUUGCUGACAUCAGUCCUGGUUCCAUCACAUGUAGAAAAGCCCAUGAUUUAUGCGUUUAUGUGAAAAAAGAAAAUGUAGGCAAAGACAGAACAGUCAUUACAAUUGAAAUGAAAAGAAAAGCAAUAGGUUUUUCAGGCACACAUCAUCAGAUACAAAGGCAGAAAUGUUGAAAAUGCUCAGUCUGUCUAAUACCAGACAAUCCUGAAGCUGUAGAAAUUGAGCCAGCCAGGCAAAAGAAAGAGUGACAAUUUCUACAUUUCAACAAUGCUUUGUGUGCCACUUUAUUUACUUGAAAAUAAACUGAAAAACAUUCACAUACACACAGACUUUAUAAGCCUCGGCCCGGCUCCUUACUCCACGGGGGUCCUGACAGUAAAACAUCAAAGGACCGGGCCAGCUGGUUAAGGUGCCCUGACACGAGCAUGCCUUUGCUUCACGCAACAGCACGCACGACGUGUGUCGUGAAGAUCCCAC